CGGGUGAACACGUGGUUCCGUGUCUGCGUCCCUGCUCGCCUGUCAGUGUGUGAAGGUUUCCAGCUCUUCUCUCACUCCUCUCCCCAUCUAUCCUCCCGUGCAACACGGCAGACCUUCUCCUGUUUUUACUCCGUCCCACCCGCCUGCACCACCUCCUCCUCCUCUUCCUCCUCUUCCUCGUUGCUUCUUCUCCUUGCGACGGCUACCGGGACUGUCGACAGCCAGGCCGCGGUCACUUCAACGUGUAUCCGCUCAGACAGAGAGAGAGAGAGGAGUGAAAGUGUGUGUGACGAGAGAGAGUGUGUGUGAGUGAGAGUGCGUGUGCGCGCACCCGCCCGCAACCGGUCCAUCAGUGUUAUUUCUCCCACUAUCCCGCCUCGUUCUUCCGUGAUGACGCUGGAAGCGAUCCGCUACCGGGCCGGGUCUCUGCAGAUCCUCAACCAGCUGCUGCUGCCACACCAGACCUCGUACGAUGAGAUCCGCUCAGUGCAGGACGCGUACGAGGCCAUCAAGUCCAUGAAGGUGCGGGGCGCCCCGGCCAUCGCCAUCGUCGGCUGUCUCAGCCUGGCGGUGGAGUUGCGGGCAGGCGCCGGGGGCGACGACCCCGUUACCUUCAUCAGGGAGUCUCUGUGUCACCUGACUUCGGCUCGGCCCACCGCCGUCAACAUGGGCCGCGCCGCCCGCGAGCUGAUGGAGUUUGCGGAGAACGAGAGCAUGGAGAAGAACUCGGACCAGCUCAGAGAAAGUGUAAUUGCCUGGAUCGAAGACAUGCUGGAGCGUGACGUCAAUGACAACAGGAAGAUCGGUAACUAUGGCGCCCAGCACAUCCUGUCUGGUGUCCCGAGGGCCUCCGUGACCAUCCUCACACACUGCAACACCGGCUCGCUGGCCACGGCCGGAUACGGGACCGCACUCGGUGUGGUCCGAAGCCUCCAUGCACUGAGCAGGCUGAAGCGCAUGUACUGCACAGAGACGAGGCCGUACAACCAGGGAUCCAGACUGACGGCUUAUGAGGCGGUAGCGGAGGGAAUCCCGGCUACGCUCAUCACAGACAGCAUGGCGGCCCUCACCAUGAGAGAAAUGGACAUCACAGCUGUGGUGGUGGGUGCAGACAGGGUGGUGGCUAACGGCGACACGGCCAACAAGGUGGGCACAUACCAGCUGGCCAUUGCCGCAAAGCACCACGGGAUUCCCUUCUAUGUGGCCGCACCCAGCACGUCGUGCGACCUGAGCCUGGAGAGUGGCAGGGACAUCAUCAUCGAAGUGCGUCCCCCUGAGGAACUCACCAGUAUAAACGGAAUCCCCAUCGCUGCCCCAGGUAUCGAGGUGUGGAACCCGGCGUUCGACGUGACCCCUCACCAGCUCAUCACAGGAGGCAUCAUCACGGAGCUGGGAGUCUUCCUCCCCUCUGAGCUCCAGGCAGCGCUCACCGGCCGCCUCACUGCCCUCUAGAGCCACUCGGCCCCGCCUGCUGGUCCGUGUGCACCACUGCACCUUAACGUCACACACACUCUAAGACACUCUCAUUUCAUCACAGAACACACACAGUCAUUGUUGUGGUUUAGUUUUGGUGAAAGCACAGUCACUGUUACAUGUCAGUGGUGCACACAGAAGAAGAAAUGUUCUCUCUCUCACACACACACACACACACACACACACACACAUUCACUGCAGGGAGUCAAGCAGACACACAUGUGCAGUCUCCCCUUUCUUUUAUGUCCCUCUUUGUUUUCUGUGUUCUUCUCAUUUCAC